AACCUACGACAACUUUCGACAUACUUCCUCUCUUGAUUCUUCUUCUUUUCCUCUGCCCCUGCAAACUAUCUUUCUCUUCCGGUUGUCGCCUGAUCGUGUGGCAGAUAAACUAAAGUUGAAAUGGCAAAGUCCAAGAACCACACAACUCACAACCAAUCUCGCAAAUGGCACAGAAACGGCAUCAAGAAGCCCAGAUCUCAGCGCUAUGAGUCUUUGAAGGGGGUGGACCCCAAGUUCCUAAGGAACAUGCGUUUUGCAAAGAAGCAUAAUAAGAAGGGUCUGAAGGCGGCGCGGAAAGCAGCUGCUCAGAAAUGAUCUGUUUGCUUCCCCUUUGUCAUCUUUUCACAAACACCAACAUAAUAAAGCAAUGCUUUGUUAACUAA